AUGGGAGGCUUCCGCAAGCCGGAGCUGAACGGAUACUACUCCGAGCGCCCAGAGCAGGAGAUUCAGGGCCGUGCCAGCUUCUGGACACCCAACCAGGCCUUCUUUAUUUACUGGCAGCGUAGCCUGAAGCGCUGGGCCGUCUGCGACGCCGGGAGCCUCCUCGCUGCCAGGGGUGGCGCGAACCCGGGAUGGGCGUAUCGAAGUGAUGCACGCCACUUCGCCAAGGCUAACGAUGGCUGGAUCGAGGCCGUCGGGACGGAGUGGCAGACUGCGGACGUGCGCUGUACGAUACUGGAGGGCAGCAUCCGCGACGACAGCUUCGCAGACGAGGAGGUGCCGAACACACUGAAAGUGAAGUUCACCGGCUUCCACAAGCAGGACUGGUACUGCUUAGGCUUGCAUUAG